UAUUCUGCACUGCAGGGGCCAUACCCACAAAAAGGCGAGGAAGAUCCGGAUCUCACGAAUGCGGGAAAAGAAGCAAUAACGCUUCUGCCUGGUGCAUCUGUGUUUAGCAGUGACGAAUCGUUUGCGAUGGUUCGCGGUGGACACAUCGACUUAACGCUACUUGGAGCUUUUCAAGUCUCUCAGUAUGGUGAUAUAGCCAACUGGCUCAUUCCGGGUAAACUGAUGAAAGGAAUGGGCGGUGCAAUGGACCUGGUCAGUGCUCCUGGAGCGAAAGUAAUCGCUACAAUGGAGCACACUUCGAAUGGGAAACCAAAAAUACUGAGCGAAUGUGAGCUCCCUCUCACUGGGUCGAAAUGUGUUUCAAGGAUUAUUACUGAAAUGGUACAUUUUUUCUGUCGAUGA